CGUGUGACAGCCUUUCCUCCAACGUCAGCUCCCAUAGCAAACCACAGUCCUACAGCACCACUGGCUCCCGUCUGGACCCAUCUCCCCUGCUCUCCGGCUGCUGCUGAAAACCGAUAUCAACACUUCAGAAGGACGGAAACAGCCACAAGCGCGCACCGCCAGUUUCGCCUUACCUCAGACCCAGCAGGAGAAUGAAGGUCUCGGCAUUUCUGAUUGCACUGACGUUGAUAGCCCUGCAGUCCUGCUACAGUUUUUAUCUUCCUGGUUUAGCGCCAGUAAGUUUCUGCCAGACCGAGGACAAGACCCAAGACUGCAAGUCUGAAGUUCAGCUCUUUGUGAAUCGGCUGGACUCCGUCGAAUCGGUACUGCCUUAUGAGUACGAUGCUUUUGAUUUCUGCCAAGAUGCUGACGAAAAGCGUCCCUCUGAAAAUCUCGGCCAGGUGCUGUUUGGAGAGAGAAUCGAGUCAUCACCUUACAAGUUCACAGUCAUGAAAAACGAGAAAUGCAAGAAGGUGUGCGCAAAGUCCUAUGAUCCAAGUAAAGCAGACGACAAGAUGAGGCUGGCGUUCCUCAAGAAGGGAAUCCAGCUGAACUACCAGCACCACUGGAUCAUUGACAACAUGCCUGUGACCUGGUGUUAUGAUGUCGAGGAUGGUCAUAAGUACUGCAAUCCCGGCUUCCCCAUUGGUUGCUUUGUCACGGCUAAUGGUCGAGCUAAGGACGCCUGCGUAAUCAAUUCCAAGUUCAAUAAGAAGAAUACUUUCUACCUCUUCAACCACGUGGACAUUACCAUCACGUACCACAGCGGGGAGAACGAGGGCUGGAAGGGAGCGAGGCUGGUGGGGGCCAAGCUGGAGCCCAUGAGUUACACGCACCCCAAUGAAAACGAGCCGGACUGUAACAGUCAGCCUAUGGAGAUACCUGGGGACUUCAACAGCAAGCUGAACCUAGUCUACACUUACUCUGUCACUUUUGUUAAAGAUAACAGUAUCAAAUGGGCAUCCCGGUGGGACUACAUUUUGGUGUCCAUGCCUCACACCAAUAUUCAGUGGUUCAGCAUCAUGAAUUCUCUGGUUAUUGUCCUCUUCCUCUCUGGCAUGGUGGCGAUGAUCAUGCUGCGUACCCUUCAUAAGGACAUUGCCAGAUACAACCAGGUUGACCAGGAGGAGGCACAGGAGGAGUCUGGGUGGAAGCAGGUGCACGGGGACGUCUUCAGGCCCCCCAGGAAGGGCAUGCUGCUGUCCGUCUUCCUCGGCCAAGGGACGCAGAUCUUCAUCAUGACUUUCAUCACGCUCUUUUUGGCGUGUUUGGGCUUCCUGUCCCCUGCUAAUCGGGGAGCUCUGAUGACUUGUGCUGUGGUCCUGUGGGUGCUUCUGGGAACGCCAGCAGGCUAUGUGUCUGCCCGCAUGUAUAAAACGUUUGGAGGCGAGAAGUGGAAGACCAACGUGCUGCUGACGGCGCUCCUGUGUCCUGGGAUUGUGUUUGCCGAUUUCUUCAUCAUGAAUUUGAUUCUGUGGGUGGAAGGGUCAUCGGCUGCGAUUCCUUUCGGCACUCUGGUGGCUAUUUUGGCCAUGUGGUUUGGGAUUUCUGUGCCUCUGACCUUCAUAGGGGCCUACUUUGGAUUUAAAAAGAGGGCUAUUGAGCAUCCAGUGCGUACAAACCAGAUUCCUCGCCAGAUUCCAGAACAGUCAUUUUUCACCAAACCGCUGCCGGGCAUCGUCAUGGGUGGAAUCCUGCCUUUCGGCUGCAUUUUCAUUCAGCUGUUCUUCAUCCUGAACAGCAUCUGGUCCCAUCAGAUGUACUACAUGUUUGGGUUCCUCUUCCUGGUCUUCAUCAUACUUCUCAUCACCUGCUCUGAGGCCACCAUCCUGCUGUGCUACUUCCAUCUGUGCGCAGAGGACUACCACUGGUGGUGGCGGUCAUUCCUGACCUCUGGCUUCACGGCAGUGUACCUGUUUGUCUAUGCGGUCCAUUACUUCUUCUCCAAACUGCAGAUCACGGGAGCAGCCAGCACCAUCCUCUACUUCGGCUACACCAUGAUCAUGGUGCUCAUAUUCUUUCUCUUCACAGGUACCAUCGGCUUUUUCGCCUGUUUCUGGUUUGUGAAUAAGAUCUACAGCGUGGUGAAGGUGGACUGACGGGUCUGAGCCUCUGCCUCUGCCUCUGCCUCUGCCUGUCGCUGGGAGGCCGGGAGGAGGCCAGCGCACUCUCUUCCAGGAGCAAAAUGUCUGUAUAGCACCUCGUGGAGUCCGUCUGAAAACAUCCUGUAUUUAAGAUACUUCUGUAAAGAAGUCUGUUGACUUGUUUGUUGAAAAAUGUAAAUUUUUUUUUAUCUUCAUAUUAAUAUUUUUAUUUUCAAUUGUCUGUCUUGCACCUUAAACUGGUGUUGCCUGCUCAUGUUGACUCCAAAGAUGACAUAAGGGGAAGAGACUCCUUGUUUUGCAAGAUGCUUUGAGUGGAAGUACAUAUUUGUACAGUGCGUUUAGGACCAUGCGUUCUUCAACUUAUUUUAUCAGAAGCCCUGAAAAUCUUUAAGCUACUAUUAUAAUUAUUGCACCUACUGUAGUUGACUUGCAAAAAAAAAAAUCUUUCCUUGGAUUCAUACACAAAGAAUGUCUGCGUACUCGGGUAUUGUCAAUUAAAAUGUGAUUUUUUUUUUCCAGUGUCUUUUCUGUCUUCUGUCGGGAGUGAGAGGAGUAGCAUUGAAUACCUGUACAUAGUGCCCUGUAUAAUUUUUUAAUAUCUUCUUUUCUUUACUAUGCCAGUGCCCAGUCUCAUAUCUGUUUGCUUUUUCUCGUUAUUUUUAUUGAAUUUUUAUUGCUGUCCUUCGGUUAAUAUGAAAUAAAUGGCACAACCUUGAUUACAAAGACA